GUUGGGGACUUUUUGCGAUCAGGGCGCUGCUGGGUUUUAAAGGAGGUGAUGGGGAUUGCGCUGGCUUGUCUUCCCACUCAAGUGAAGAGUUGUUGAUGUUCACUGGUUAUGCUUGGACAAUGCGCAGUUUGUUUUAAUUUAAAAUUUUGGGGGGGAUAGGGGCAUAGGCUUGUGAAGGGCAGUCCGGAUCCGGUGGAACUCCUCUUUGUCCUUUGGUAGGAGAGACACCUCCAGUCUGUCCUCGAUGCCGUCAGCCUUGGCCAUCUUCACUUGCCGCCCGAACUCGCACCCAUUUCAGGAGCGCCAUGUCUACCUGGACGAACCCAUUAAAAUCGGCCGCUCCGUGGCCCGCUGUCGACCAGCGCAGAAUAAUGCUACCUUUGAUUGCAAAGUGCUGUCAAGGAAUCAUGCUCUCGUCUGGUUUGAUCACAAGACGGGCAAGUUUUAUCUCCAAGACACUAAAAGUAGUAACGGUACCUUUAUAAAUAGCCAGAGAUUGAGUCGAGGCUCUGAAGAAAGUCCACCAUGUGAAAUUCUUUCUGGUGACAUUAUCCAGUUUGGGGUAGAUGUAACGGAGAACACACGGAAAGGUACGGUUACCCAUGGGUGUAUUGUUUCCACAAUAAAACUUUUUCUACCAGAUGGUAUGGAAGCCCGACUCCGCUCAGAUGUCAUCCAUGCUCCAUUACCAAGUCCUGUUGACAAAGUUGCUGCUAACACUCCAAGUAUGUACUCUCAGGAACUAUUCCAGCUUUCUCAGUAUCUACAGGAGGCCUUACAUCGGGAACAGAUGUUGGAACAGAAGUUAGCCACACUUCAGCGGCUACUAGCCAUCACCCAAGAGGCUUCAGAUACCAGUUGGCAGGCUUUAAUAGAUGAAGAUAGACUCUUAUCACGGUUAGAAGUUAUGGGAAACCAAUUACAGGCAUGCUCCAAAAAUCAAACAGAAGAUAGUUUACGGAAGGAGCUUAUAGCAUUACAGGAGGAUAAACACAACUAUGAGACGACAGCCAAAGAGUCCCUGAGGCGGGUUCUUCAGGAGAAAAUUGAAGUGGUUAGAAAACUUUCAGAAGUUGAGCGAAGUCUGAGUAAUACUGAAGAUGAAUGUACACAUCUUAAAGAAAUGAAUGAACGGACUCAGGAAGAAUUAAGAGAAUUAGCCAAUAAAUAUAAUGGAGCAGUUAAUGAGAUUAAAGAUUUAUCUGAUAAAUUAAAGGUAGCAGAGGGAAAACAAGAAGAAAUCCAACAGAAGGGACAAGCUGAGAAAAAAGAAUUACAACAUAAAAUAGAUGAAAUGGAAGAAAAGGAACAGGAGCUCCAGGCAAAAAUAGAAGCUUUGCAAGCUGAUAAUGACUUCACCAAUGAAAGGCUAACAGCUUUACAAGUACGGUUAGAACAUCUUCAGGAGAAAACUCUUAAAGAAUGCAGCAGUUUAGGGAUACAAGUUGAUGACUUCUUACCUAAAAUAAAUGGGAGCACAGAAAAAGAGCACUUGCUUUCAAAGAGUGGCGGGGACUGCACUUUUAUUCAUCAAUUCAUAGAAUGCCAGAAGAAGCUGAUCGUCGAGGGGCAUCUAACCAAAGUGGUAGAAGAAACAAAGCUUUCAAAAGGUUUGUUUUCUAUGGGUUUUCUGUGGGUUUUGACCACUCUUUUGGAUAAUGGAGAAAACCAGGCAAAAGCAAAAGAAUCUGAUUUGUCAGAUACUCUGAGUCCGAGCAAGGAAAAAAGUAGUGACGACACUACAGACGCCCAAAUGGAUGAGCAAGACUUAAAUGAACCUCUUGCUAAAGUGUCUCUAUUAAAAGAUGACUUACAGGGUGCACAGUCAGAAAUUGAGGCAAAACAAGAAAUUCAGCAUCUUCGCAAGGAAUUGAUUGAAGCCCAGGAACUAGCUAGAGCAAGUAAACAAAAAUGCUUUGAACUUCAAGCUCUUUUGGAAGAAGAAAGAAAAGCCUAUCGAAAUCAAGUUGAAGAAUCCAGUAAACAAAUACAGGUUCUUCAAGCCCAACUACAGAGGUUACACAUCAAUAUUGAGAAUCUCCGGGAGGAGAAGGACAGUGAAAUCACAAGCACUCGAGAUGAACUGCUUAGUGCCCGAGAUGAAAUUUUGCUUCUUCAUCAAGCAGCAGAAAAGGCUGCCUCUGAGCGGGACACUGACAUUGCCUCGUUACAAGAAGAGCUUAAGAAGGUGCGAGCUGAGCUUGAGCGGUGGCGGAAAGCAGCGUCUGAAUAUGAGAAAGAAAUCACAAGUCUGCAAAGUAGUUUUCAGCUUCGAUGUCAGCAGUGUGAGGACCAGCAGAGAGAGGAAGCAACAAGGCUACAAAGUGAACUAGAGAAGUUGAAAAAGGAAUGGAAUGUAUUGGAAACCGAAUGCCAUUCUCUAAAAAAGGAAAAUGUUUUGUUAUCAUCAGAACUGCAGCGGCAAGAAAAAGAAUUGCACAAUUCUCAGAAGCAGAGUUUAGAGCUUACCAGUGAUCUCAGCAUCCUUCAAAUGACUAGGAAGCAGCUUGAGAAUCAAGUGGGAUCCUUGAAAGAACAGCAUCUUCGGGAUUCAGCUGAUUUAAAAACGCUUCUCAGUAAGGCUGAAAACCAAGCAAAGGAUGUACAGAAAGAGUAUGAAAAGACACAGACUGUACUCUCAGAACUGAAGUUGAAGUUUGAAAUGACUGAGCAGGAAAAACAAUCAAUCACAGAUGAGCUCAAACAAUGUAAAGACAACCUGAAGCUGCUCCGAGAGAAAGGAAAUAAUCCUUCCAUAUUACAACCCGUCCCAGCCGUAUUCAUCGGCCUAUUCCUGGCUUUCCUGUUUUGGUGUUUCGGUCCAUUGUGGUAGAGAAAGAAACCCUGGCCCUGGAUGCCCAUGUUGGCUGCCCUGGUUGCGGUGACAGCCAUCGUGCUGUACGUGCCAGGUCUUGCCAGAGCGUCUCCAUGAGAGCGUUUCUUGAGUCCGUACACCGUCCUCCCUUUAGAAGCUGGCAUCACACUCAUGCUGGGGACAAACAGAACCAUUUUCUUCCUUUUUACCUCUUAAGACAGCAGAAGUGCAAGAAUACAGCUGUAGGGUCAUUGCUUUAAAUUAUAUAAAAUGUAUCUAUCUAUAAAGAGGAUAUAAAAUUGUGACUUUAUUCUACUGUAAGCAAUAAUUUGCUUGCAAUUUUUCAUGUAAUUUUUAAAUUAGUAUGUUGAGAUUCUGAAUAUUAUGGUGGCCUAAAGUAGGCUUCUUGGUACACCAAAUUAUUUAUAACAUUAAAUUUAUGGGUAUUUUACUCUGAAUUCUAAUGGCCAGAUAAUUCAUUUUUCUGAUUCGAUAACUACCCAAACCAAACAACCAGUACAUACAUGGGAAGAGAGGCCCUGUGUGCUCAGUGCCUAUCAGUUUGAAAUAUAUACACAUAUAUAUAUUUUUUUUACAUAUUUACGCCAUUUUUACUUGUUAUAAAACCACUGAGCUAUUGGGAACAAGACUUAGAGACAACUAUUUGUGUGGAUUUUCUUUCUUUCUUUCUUUUUUUAAAGAGAAAUACACUUGGAAAAUAUUCUGUUCUAGUGAUAAUUUGGGGAAUAUGUGCACGCUUGUUCAGCCUUAAUGUGACUUGACAAUGUGGAGGACAUCAACUUAGAAAAACUUUCCAUGAGAGUGUGUAUUUUCUUGAGCAAACUGAAGUAUUUCUGGGAGCAAAAACAAUCCUACAAUUUCAGUGCAGUAAACCAAACUGUUGAGUCAAUUGGAAUGUAAUUUAUUAAACCUCAUGUAUUUAAAGAGAUAUUUUCUUUAAAAGCCAAGUUACUUUCUCAUAUACAGCAUUUUAGGAAGCAUGAUUUUUUUUUCUAUCAUCUCUUCCUCCAAGCAUGUUUAAUUGAAGAAAGAAUUAAUAUCUCUUUAGAUAAGCUUUUACUGACUUAAUUUGGUUAUGAUAUUUCAAAGCUAAUUCAUGUUCAAGGUGAGCUGUUGUUACCUACCAACAGAUUUCCUGGUCGGGUAUGCAAAUGGUUAUUUUCUUUUUACUGUUGUUAAUUGGGACUUUCUGUUUAUGAGAAGCAUUAUUCCCAAGAUUAAUAGUGUUCCAUGCACAGUGAGGCACCUAAACACUGCUUGAUGUUAUAAAUUUAAAACACAGAAGUGAAAGUUUAGCUAUGGUUUUGUGCGGCACCACAGUUAUGUCAAUAAAAUUUAUUUAGGUCAUAGAAUAUCCUAAAGUAUCACAUAGUUAAAUUUUUCAGUCAAUGAAGACUGGGAGGGAUGUCAGUGAAUUGGCUUGAUUGUUCUGUGGCAAUCCACAGGCCUAGCCAAAUGUUGAAAUAGAAGUUUAGGAUAUAAUUUGCCUUGUGAUGUUUGGCAGUCGUUGUUUAUACUUUAAAAGUUAUAUUUUAAGCUAUUUGGGAUUUGCUGUUGGGAGGAUCACUAGAUUUAUGGAGGAAUUAGUCACAAACGACUUGUAGAAAAUGCUGUCAUAUAGUUCAUUUCAUCAUUUUCUGUUGCAGGAAGCCACUCCACCACAGAAUGCUAAUAUGCCAGUGGUACCCAGUACCUCUUGUAUAUAGGUUAUUGCAAAUAUUGUUCUGAAAUGCUUAACUUCAGAAUUACAUUUUUUAAAGUAAAUAAUUGUUUUAAAUCUAUUUUGUAAAGAUAUAAAGUACAAUAGAAUUUCUGGAGUACAGAUUAAACUAUUUGCACUAACACACGUGAUGUGCAUGAUUUAAUAAAAUAACUUUACUCUCCCUA